AGUCUCCCAAAGAUGACUUGACUCUCUUGCCCUCUUUCCCUCUUUUCAUACCGAUCUGAUACUCUAAUUGCAUCAUCAGUCAAAGUUGGUGGUUUUCCUCGCUGGCUGUGAGAACAAAUGGCUCGGAACAUGGAGGAUUCUUGGACUGCGGGGCAGUCGCUUCGUCCUUCGCCCAAACGGAAGCGUACUGACUCAACGUCUCUGUCCGCAGCGGACAGUAUUUUUGCACCGGAGCUACCGUCGUCUCGGAUGGAACAUUUUGUCGAAGAAUUGGCGCCGUUAGGUCCGCCGCCGGCGGAGCCGAACCUCAAGCCCGUGUACCUGGAGUCAACUACGCCUCUGCAAAUACCGCUUCUGGAACAAGAAGAAGUAGAACCGUAUGUCGGUGCGGAUAGUCCGCGGAGUGCUGUAGCAAGGAAAAUGGAGGACUUGAAUCUGGCCGUUCGGAGUCACGCAAGACCGAUGCCUAUCCUCAGCUUUGGGGACGCGAAGUCCAAGGGCGGAGACAAGAAAAAAGUGAAGCUUGACCCAGAGGCCGUGGCGCACUCUGAUGUCGGCACCGACUCAAGCAACCUCGGCGAUGAUUCCAAUCCAAAUCUUUCUGGUGCUCACACCUCUUCGCAUACAGCCAAACGUGCGAAAUCUCCGCCACUCACUCCAUCAAGAACUACCUCGGCACCGUUCGAAGAGACUAACGUCAUAUGGUGGUCCGAUGCUGAGAUAACGGGUCACCUUGGCCUGGAUCCAGAUGAUGAUGGCUAUGGUAUCAACGGCAUUGGAUUCAAACCAACGCCUGCUAUGGCUGCCGCUCGCAGCAUGAAGAGGAGGCGGCAGAUGGAUGAGUGGCGGAUUAGGGAGCUGCGCGAAGAGAGGAGACGAAGGGCUGAGGGUCGCAGAAGAGGUGGAAGCACCGACCCCGGAGGCGGUACAGGGACGAGAGGAGUGGUGAAGCGAACUGUCAGAUUUGCCACGUGAGUUAUAAGGCAUGGAAAGGGAUUUACGCGUAUCUGUUGGAGCGAGGCGUUUCUGGAUAUGGCGCAAUUUUGCGGAGAUUCCCUUAAGUUUGGAUUCUAUUUGAGACAUGAUAUCCCCCACUUAGCAAAUAUAUACAUCUGGAAUUCAGACCGAGGCCUGCACGAGGCAGGCUUCUCCUCGCAUCAAAUGCA